AUAAAACAUGCAAUAAUACCACAUAGAUAUCUGGCUACCGAUCUACUUUUUCUGAUAGGCAAUAUUUGAGAACGCCCUUGCUUCAAUCAGCAUCACCCUUUUCUACUUCAUCCGCUGACGAGAAACGGAUUUCAAACAUUUGGCGGUUGAUUGGGAUUUGUUUGGUGCUUGACUGUAGCCAGCUCAUGUUAGGUUGUAUGUAAAUAACUUUUAAAAACUUGGCAAGUGAGCUCACGCAUUAACAUGGAUUCAACUAUGGCGAACCUUCUUGUUGGGCUUUCAGUCAACAUCCAAAGAAGCGAUGGGCGAGUGCAUCCUGCAAAUGUCAAAACUGUGGAUUCCACAAAGCGUACUGUGAUGGUUGAAUGGUUUGAGAAAUCUGUUUGCAGGGGAAAAGAGCUUGAAAUGAAUGAAUUAUGGUCCCUGAACAAAGAGCUUUUUGAGCACAUGAAACCAGCUAAUAUACCUGCUCUUCCAGAGAAGAAAUUUGAAAGCCGUCUUCGUUCAUCCGGGGUCCCUCCUCCUUCCAGUCCUUCUACUCCAGCGGGUCCUCCUGAGGAGACAGUUUCACUUCCAAGAAAGUCUACACGGCAGACAUGCUUGUUCCGGACCCUUGCUCCUGUCUCUGAGCUUGCUGCUAAGACUAAGCAUGACUCCCAGUCUUCAGAGUAUCCACCCUCUGUCCUCAAAGCUUCAGGUGUACCCAACCGAGAGAGGAAGAGGAACAGUCAGAGACCAACUGCUGUCCUGCCCCCAGUCAAUGAGGCCCUGAAGGAGAAUGAGGCCAAGAGUGUUUCCUCAGUCACCUCAAGCAGACGGAGAUCAGUGCUACCCCAAGACAUGAGCAAACCAGUGAACAAAAGAUUGUCCAAUGCAGUCAAGAGCUUGGAUAUGGUGCCCAAGAAAGGAAAAUUUGAAGACACAAAUCGACCGAACAAGCAGUUUUACCAGAUGAUUGAAGAGUUUAGAGAGACCUUGGAAGUACUCCCUUUAUCUCUGUCUGAUACGGUUGAAGCUCAUAGAAUUUGUGUGUGCGUUCGCAAGCGUCCUCUCAACAAUAAAGAGGUGACUAAGAAAGAUAUUGAUGUGGUUUCUAUCCCUGGUAAUGGAACGCUGCUCCUUCAUGAGCCCAAGCAGAAAGUGGACCUGACAAAGUACCUUGACAACCAGGUCUUCCAUUUCGACUACUCCUUUGACGAGUCAUCCACCAAUGACUUAGUGUACAGGUUCACUGCCAAGCCCCUUGUCCAGACCAUCUUCGACGGUGGGAUGGCAACUUGUUUUGCUUACGGACAAACUGGAAGUGGUAAAACUCAUACAAUGGGAGGAGAUUUUUCAGGGAAAAGCCAGAACAGUGCGAAAGGGAUCUAUGCCAUGGCAGCUCAGGAUGUGUUCGCCCUCCUGAAGCAGAGGAGAUAUUCCAGUCUGGACUUGUGUCCCUACGUGACCUUCUUUGAGAUCUACAACAGCAAGGUAUUUGAUCUGCUGAACAAGAAGGCCAAGCUGCGAGUGCUAGAGGAUGAGAAACAACAGGUCCAGGUGGUCGGCCUGCAGGAGAUGUACGUUUCGUGUGCUGAAGACGUCAUCAAGAUGAUUGAGAUGGGCAGUGCAUGCAGGACGUCCGGCCAGACGUCAGCCAAUGCCAACUCGUCUCGCUCCCACGCCAUCCUGCAGGUGAUCCUGCGGAGGAGGAACCAGGUGCACGGGAAGUUCUCCCUGGUGGACCUGGCGGGAAACGAGAGGGGCAUUGAUGUUCGCAGCAGCAACAGACAGACCCUCGUAGAGACGGCCGAGAUCAACCGCAGCCUGCUGGCUCUCAAGGAAUGCAUUCGCUCCUUGGGGAUGGACAGCCACCACAUCCCCUUCAGGAUGAGCAAGCUGACACAGGUACUCCGAGACUCCUUCAUCGGCGAGAACUCCAGGACAUGCAUGAUUGCAAUGGUGUCUCCUGGAAUGUCCUCAUGCGAUUCCACUGUAAACACACUACGCUAUGCAGACAGAGUGAAGGAACUGAAUGGAACGUUAAAGAUGAAUGAUGCGGAUCUUCCCAAGAACAUUGAUGAGAUGGAAGUGGAGGACAGCUCCUCAUCAGAAGAGGACUCCAUUGUACCCAUGACUGACGUGUAUGAGGCCAUAUCCCAGGUUUCUGAGCUGGAGGAGAGGGUGCACGAGGAGUUGACGGGAGCAAGUAACAUUAUCAAGCUAAUGGAGAUGCCAUCAUAUGACAUUGAGGCUGGGGCAACUGAUAUUGUGGACUACGCAAGAAAAUUACUGGACACGGUCCUGGCAUUGCAGUCUGCCAUUGAUGGAGAGCGACUGGCAAGGAUGUCACCCAAAUCAGGUUAUUGCUGAGAGGAACAUCCCUCUACUUGUUCACUUGGAAAUAAUGUUCUAACAAGUUUUAUCAUGCAGUAACUACUCAUUAUUGUGCAAGGGUUCAAUUGGGCAUAAAUUCCCUUCUGCUGACUUUCAUUUAAUGGUACAUAAACAUUACCUCUAACUUGUAAAGCCUCUCACUACAUACCAUAGAUCUCCAUGAAACUAUGUUAACAGUUCAUGUUUUAAAUUGAUUUGUAUUCAAACUGGAGAUUUGUCCAGCAUUUAAAUGAUUUGUGAAUAUAAUAAAGGUCUUUACCAAUA